GAGGAGACGGACUUGGGAAAACCAGCUCGUCCUAAACUCGAUAGCUGCAUUAGCCACACGGAUUAACGGCAGCUUUAGAGGUUAUUGCUGUCAUAUGAUAGUGUUUCCACUUGUUCGUUCAAGACAUUUCGACGGAAGAAGGCUGUUUGGCACACUUUGGAGCGGACUGAAACACAGGAGGGAGCCUCGUAAUCGGUUGUUUCCCUCUCGGAGCGGACGGAGCUCUGGUUGUGGCCGGGCCGCCCCGCCGGACAGUCGGACGAAACUGAGCCUUCCACACGGAAUAUAACAACAGCAGUACGCGUUUUGAAACCUCUGUUUCCGCGGUAGGAGACUGGAAAUGUCAAUUUCAACUUCGUUUUGAUGUUUUAAAGCUAUGCGACGGAGCCCGUCGAGGAGAAGUUUGAUUGGAGAGCGGAGUGCGCUUGAUUUCCAGUCCGAUGGAUGUUAGCCCUGCCCGGCUGUGGCUCGGCUCUGUGCUCCGCUGCUCUGAAAAUAACAGGUUAAACACCAACAGGCACAGGUGAACACGUCUGUUCAUAACAAUGCUGCAGACCUGGCCAGUCCAUGACAGCCCCGGCUUGAAUGCCAACAAGUCGCCCUCCAUUGCUUGUCUGUAAACCUGGAAAUACCACCAACCAUCCCCUCCUCUUCUUCAUCAUCCCCCUCCUCUUCCUCCCUUCUUUUUUUGGACUAGUAAGGCUGGCAUUACCUGGGAUAUUUUGGAUUUAGCUUCGAUCCAGACAUUUAAAAAAUGUCCUUUUUGCAGAGACAGUGCUCCCUGGAGCAGCGGGACAUUUAAUUUGACUCAGUCAUUUUGAGAUUUUGGGCUUUUUUGUUUGUUUUUUUAUUCUCUUUCUAGUCAGAGGAUCAGAUUCGGAUGGAAAAUGGGAGACGCCACCAAACUGGCCUUCGCCGUUUUCCUCAUCUCCUGCUCUUCAGGCGCCAUCCUGGGACGCUCGGAGACGCAGGAGUGCGCCUACUACAACUCCAGCUGGGAGAAGGAGCGCACCAACCGCAGCGGCAUCGAGCCCUGCUAUGGCGAGAAAGACAAACGCCGGCACUGCUUCGCCACGUGGAAGAACGUCUCCGGCACCGUGGAGGUCGUCAAGCAAGGCUGCUGGUUGGACGACGUCAACUGCUACGACAGUAAUGAGUGUGUGGAGAGGAAGGAGAGUCCCGACGUUUUCUUCUGCUGCUGUGAGGGCAACAUGUGCAACGAGAGGUUCCUGUACGCCCCUGAGGCGCCCCCGCAGAGCGACCAGCACCAUUCAACCGCCUACACCACCUCCAACCCAUUUUCCCAGAAGCCCCAGCUCUUCAGCACUCUGCUGUACUCCCUGGUUCCCAUCAUAGGCCUGGCCGCCGUCGUCCUCUUCUCUUUCUGGAUGUGGAGGCAUCACAAACUGGCCUACCCAGCUGCCCUCGUCCCCACACAUGAUCCCGGGCCCUCGCCCCCGUCCCCCGUUUUGGGACACAAGCCGCUGCAGCUGAUCGAGGUGAAAGCCAGGGGGCGCUUUGGCUGCGUGUGGAAGGCCCAGCUGCUCAGCGAAUACGUGGCUGUUAAGAUCUUCCCGAUCCAGGACAAACUAUCCUGGCAGAACGAGUAUGAGAUCUACAGCGUGAGCGGCAUGAAGCACGACAACAUCCUCCACUUUAUCGGCGUGGAGAAGAGGAACAACAACCUGGACCUGGAGCUGUGGCUCAUCACCGCCUACCACGACAAGGGCUCGCUGACAGACUACCUGAAGGCCAACGUGGUGUCGUGGAACGAGCUGUGCCACAUCGCUCAGACGGCCGCCCGCGGCCUGGCCUACCUCCACGAAGACAUCCCGGGACACAAGGACGGACACAAGCCCUCCAUCGCCCACAGGGACAUUAAGAGUAAGAAUGUGCUGCUGAAGAACAACCUGACAGCCUGCAUAGCUGACUUUGGUCUUGCCCUCCAGUUUGAAGCAGGAAAAUCAGCAGGGGACACACAUGGACAGGUGGGAACGCGGCGCUACAUGGCUCCCGAAGUCCUGGAGGGAGCCAUCAACUUCCAGCGCGACUCCUUCCUGCGUAUCGACAUGUACGCCUUCGGCCUCGUCCUCUGGGAGCUCGCGGCGCGGUGCACCGCCGCCGACGGGCCGGUGGAUGAGUACAUGCUCCCCUUUGAGGAGGAGGUGGGUCAGCAUCCGUCUCUGGAGGACAUGCAGGAGGUCGUCGUUCAUAAGAAACUGAGGCCCUGCCUGCGAGACUGCUGGCAGAAACACACGGGUCUGGCCAUGCUGUGCGAAACCGUCGAGGACUGCUGGGACCACGAGGCCGAGGCCCGCCUGUCCGCCGGCUGCGUCGAGGAGCGCAUCGGCCAGAUGCAGCGCCAGGCCCCCGUCAUCGGCCCCGAGGAGAUCGUCACGGUCGUCACCAUGGUGACCAACGUGGACCUCCCGCCCAAGGAGUCCAGCUUAUGAUCGGCCAAUCAACCGACAGCGGAUGAGCUAGCAGAAACACGGAUCAACACGAGGGGAUGAGCGGCCGACCCUGGUUGGUUGGCGUAGUGUUUUUUUUUUCUUUCUUCUUCUCUUUUUUCCGUUUCUUUGGUUUGUUUGUUGUUUUUUUUCCGUUUUGUUGUUUUAAGUGCGGGCCGCUACUCGCGUUCAGGAAACACCCUGCGCCCACCUCACCACAUCAGUUGAUACCCACCUCAUUUUGAUAUGCGUGCCUGAGGAUUUUAACACUUCAACGGCCGAGACUCUCUCAUCCCGAGCGAGCGACGCCGAAACGACGCCGACGAGCGUGAGAGCGCCGACGCGCCAGGACGAACACUUUUACCAUGUGUUGUUUUUAUACGCAUACACUCACACAGGAGGGCGACCUGGUCCGCUCGGUUUUCUACGGAGAGAGGAGGCCCGGCGGAGGAGUUUCACCGAACUCUCAGCGCAUUUUAGUGUAAAAAACAAAAAAAAGAAAGAAAAAAGACGAGCACCUGGCUCGGGAUACAUUUGCUGUUUUCUCGUGUGCGUUUUUUGAAGAAACGACUAUCGUUCUGCCAAUAAGCAACGGCUUCUGAAUGUUUAUAGUGUAAUGCUGCUGUACGUAGUGUAUUAUGGACCCAGACAACUUGGUAAUCAAGCUUAUUUUAAAGGGGCGAGGGGGGGAGGGGGGUCCAUUUUCAAGCAUUAUGACGAUAAAAACCAUAAACCUCCUUCAACCAGGUAUACCUCACUUCAGACGGACACAGUUUAAAUUAGUCCCUCUCCCUGCUCACAGUCAUCGCUCACACUUUCCACGAGCUCGGCUCUCGACGUUCAGGCGCUCCGCUGUCGGCCGCGCCGCUCGUGGGUUCACGUGGUCGGCAGAGCCUCGGCGUGCGUGGCCGCGCACGCCGUGAACACAAGUGUUUCUCCCCUUCUUUCCUGCCAUUUCUCACUCCCACGUUUAGUUCUGCUCCUCUUUGAUUUGUGACUGAAUAACGACUUUCUCCUUUUUGUUAGUUUGAUUAUUUUUUUCUCUCUUUGAGAUUUUCUUCUGAUCGUAGGAAAAAAAAAAAAAAGCGUACCCCCAUGAUGAAGUUGUCGUUUAAAGUGAUUUUUCCGUUUUGGUUUGCCGUGUCAGUUGUCACCGGUGUAAUAAUAUCUGUCGCUGACAAGCCUAAUUUUGGCCGUGAGAUCUGGAUAUACAGUUUGUGUGUUAUUAUCUCUCUGGAUUAGCGCUGGGUACCGACUCGUGAUGCCUCUGAUGUUUGGCGUUGGUAUGAAAACGCAGAUUCUUCUUCUUCUUCUUAUCAUUUUGUGACAUCAGUUACGUGCGGCCUGAUUCUAUUGAGGAAAAGCAGACGAGCGAAGUGGGUCAUGGGUGUGUGGGGGGAUCGGAUUUGAAGUUUUGAGGAGGGGUACCCAGCCCUACUUUGGAAUUAUACCUGUAUUUAGCUGAGCCAGCUUGCUUUUGAUUUGAUUGCACACAUCUUUUUUGGAUUACUAUCAAGAGUUUUCUGCUCUCUUUUGAUACACCUCAGGAAUCUUUGCUACUCACCACCUCCUCACAUCCUCUGCCUCCUCCUCCUCCUCAUCCUCACCUGUCUCGGACUGGAAUACCUCCUCUCUCGCUGAUUCUUAACGCUUCUUCUUCUUCUUCUUCUCUCUCUCUUUCCUCAUCUCGGCUUGUGAGGGGUUAGCCCGUGGUCAGACCUGGUCAGGAAGUUAGCAGUUAAGUCCCUGUAGAUCCAAACCAUCUGGUCUGGCCUGAACCUUGAGAGCUAGUUAGUUUGCCAGUGUGGGCCGGGUAGCAGCAGGCUAAGCAACAUUUCCAGCUCCUCCUGGGGGUUCCUGCAGCCUUCCCAGGCUGGUGAGAUAUAUAAUCCCUCCUGCGAGCUCUGGGUGGGCCCCUGGGUCUUCUGCCUGGAGAACCUCCAAAGGAAGGCACCCUGAUCAGGUGCCUGGACCACCUCCUGAUGCAGGAGCGCCGGCUCUGCUCCUCAGUCUCUGAGUCCGAGUCCGGCCCCGUCUGGUUCUGGACAGCUGAUUGGACAGGCAGCGUGUCUCGUGUCUCCAGAAUUAGACACGAGCUGCUCUCAGUUAUAACCGAGUGUCAGGUGUCAGGUGCGUGGAUGGUUUUGCCGCCCCGCUGAAACCAACCAAACGGUCGCGCGGCUAGCUGCAGUUAGACGAGCGGAGACGAGGAUUCCCUCUUCCUCUUUCAUCCUGGUGCCAUCUCUACGUGUCCAUGUUAGUUACUCUUGUAGAUGUCAGGCAAAACGGAUGUAUCUGUCAUUGUUGUGAAGGCAACAGUGACACCUUUGAGUCUUUAUUUCCUCUGAGGGACAUUGAACACUGGUGCCGGCAGACCUGCAGUCUCUCCUCAAGCUUUGGGACGGUUUCACAGGACGCAGUUUAAAAUCAGGCGUUUCAGGAUCGAGCUUUGCGGUCGGAAAUACUAAAAAACAUGAAGAAACUUCUUUCUGCCGUACCAUUUCACAUUCAGGGCAAUAUAUGAUGAUACUUCAUUUUAAGCGCUCAAGGAAAUAAGGGCCAAGUAAAAUAAUAAAACAGUCGUUUCUGCACAGCGAGCAAUCAGGUCUAAAACUGGGCGCCAUAUUUCUUGUGAGCGCUUAUCUGUACCCCGACCAUUCUGCAUGUUAUAACUCGUUUCUUCUUCGUACGGCCAAUUUAGCUUCACAUUAACCAACAAAAGGACCUUCAGAGUUCAGACGCCGAGCGUGUUUGUAUUAAUGCUCCUGCUGCACCUUUAAAACAGUGAAGAUCAGGGAGAGACAGCAGGAGUCCGACAAGUUUGAGGGUUUAUUUCAGCACAUGAUACGAGCACUGCAACAACCCCUGACGGAAGUAGAAGCCAUCAUCUUGUUAUUUCCUCACUGUAGCACGAGUACGAUAUUUGCAUCGAUAUCGCUUCCUUUUGCUGCUGCUGUUUAACUGCUAUUCAAAAACAGCCAUCAUCGAGGGUCCUCAUGAAGCUCACACAGUCAGGGACGAUCAGUACUGCAAACCCCAGCAGCCCUUCAAUAAGCACUACCUCACUCGCAGGGAUUUCUUCGGGGUAGAAAGAACGGCAAAUAAACCAAAAUCCUAACCAGGUUCCUCCAGUCGAAAAAGAUUCAAAUUCUUCGAGUAGUUCUUGAACUGGUUCCAGUUUGAGGGAUUGUUUCUAGUUUUCAAGUUUGAGAUAAGAGGCAAAGGCAAAAUAAGGCGAGAAAAGAAGUUUCCUCAUCUUUACCAUGAUGCAGUAUCUCGUUCUGUGGAACUUUUCCGUGAUUGUACGAACGCUGAAACAGGAACCGGAUCCUCCACACGUGCUGACUGGCAGUAUUGCCCCUUUUUCUCCCCACCUCUGUGCCCUCAAAUGCAAAACGUACCAGUAUUUCAGCAGCCAAGUGAAUUUUAAAAACUGCCUCAUGUCAGUUGGUUACCUGCCAAAGUGGCCGGCGGAGUCGACGGACCUACCAGCCACAGCAAAAACACAAAACAAAAGACGUAACGUGCCAGCGUCCGGUUGAUGGUGGUGGAGCGCGGCGGAGCUUGAGUUUAAACUGCGCCUGAGAAACCGACCCAAACCAACAGAUACCAUUCAGGGAUUCAGUACUAUGCUUUUCUAAGUUCUCGCGAGUUAUAUGCAACCAGUGCCGCAAACUACCCUACGCUUCUGUAGGAUCAGCUGCAGGAGCGACUUUCAGAAAACACACACACACAAAUAACUUGUAGCAUUUUAAUUUUUUUUUUUAAUCCGUGACCUUGCAUAUUGAUAUAUGUUGUAUUUAUUUUUUAAUUUACAGGCCUGAGGUUUCGGGGAUCAGAGCUCAGGUGCAACUCGGAAUAAAGUUGUAAGAGUUG